AUGGCUCUGUUCAUAUUUCCUGGGAUUGUAUUUACAUAUAUGGUAUACUGGUUGCUUGUUCUGACCUUUGGCUGCGCUGAAACUACGAGCGGAUAUGACCUACAGAGAGAUAGUCUGACCGAAGAUAUGGACCUUGUUACAUUCUUAAACUCGAAGACUCAACAACAUGAUGCUAUAUUCAUGGAAGCGGUUCAAUUGUUGGAAACGAUGAAGUCAUCCCCGUCGUGCAACCGAUUAGCAGCUUCAAGACUAGUCAACUCCUGCCAGUCCAUUGAGGGGGUAAAUGAGAGUACAAAUCCUGACCUUUAUUUGGCUCUGGAGCAUGUGCGGUCACUGUAUGCCGCUAGGUUGGCUAUCUGUGAACUCAACGAAGCGGGCGCCUCCAUACCUUCGCCCUGUGUCCCAGUGACGAGUUCGCAACAUCAUAGGAAGGGAAUAUUUGGAUUCUCCUCCAAGCAGAAAUCUCCAACUCAAGAACAGGACGUCAUAUCCAAGGAGUUGCUUGCGUCAUGCCUCAAAACGCUAGAGUCGAGACCGCAAUGGUGGACUUCCUACAGCAAUAGCAGACAGAAUGCUCUCGUCAUAUGUCAAGCUGCAAGGGUCGAAAGCGAGAAAAAUGAGCUUCUUGAGCUUUACAAGUCUAUCCUUGAAGCCUCUGCUAAGCUCAACAGUGGCCUCCAGGAGGCUCUGCGUAUGGCUGCUGCGGAGUCGAUGCAGCAUAAAGCUUUCAUGGAGACGACUGCGAUCAUGAGGGCCAGACUAGCUACGGAACUAGACGAAACGCAUUCACGCUUCAUUUCCAUAUUCGAAAGCAUCUUUCAUGAUAUUGGACUCGGCGUUAACUCGAUGGUCGGUUCGGUCAAUUCCAUUCUCAGCAGGGUUCAAAACGAAGCGAUUAGUUUAGAGAAGAAUGUUCUCAAUGCUUCUGAAGAAAUUACCCACCUGCAGCAUGCAUUGAAAGUGGUUCAUGAUGAGGCUUUGUUGAGGAAUCAGCAGAUGAGGAUAGCUUAUAGACAGGAUUCCCAGACACAGAAUGAGCUCGCAUCAUCUAUACAAGACAGAUUGGAAGUGCUUUUACAAAGCGAUAUUGCCACUCUGUUCAAUCAAGUGCAGGCAUUUGACGCCUCUGUAGAUUGGUUGUCAGGAAGAUUCGGGCUUUUACUACAACAAGAGACGAGCAUAUCCGAGCGCCUGCGGAACCUCGAAAAUGCAAUCGAAAAAUCCCAAGUUACCGCCGACGAUCUUCACAAAUCACAAGCCGAGCAUUUUGAGACAUUGAAAGCCCAAUCUCAAAUACAACAGAGCAUGCAGGCAAACAUGAAUAUCUCCCAGGCUUUCAUGGACAGAGCCGCUGCAACUGCGGCCAAUCUGCAGGCAAUGAUUGAUGAAGCAACAGCGAGUCUUGCGGUGUGUCAGUUGAAGACGGUGAAGAUCUCGGUGAAAAGCUUCGAGGCGUUCCUCUCGGCAGCGGGACUAGCCGAGAAAUGCGUCAACCUGCUGCUGGAAGCAAUGCUGGUGACGGGAUGCCCAGGAAAUUUCUCCGCAUUUGUGGGGAUUCCGCCUGACGAUCCCCGGAUUCUGGAGACGCAUGAUACCAGCCAUCCACUCAUCUCUUGCGAUGUUCUCUCCUUCAUUUCGGAUUUCGCUCAUCCGAAAAUGCCGAUCGUCGCAGCCAUGCUGAGCCCGAGUUUAUCUGCGCUGAGCGUGUUACGCAUCUCCGCAUAUUGGCGAAUUAGCAUCGUCCUAGCUGGCUCCGAUGGGGCUAUCCCGAGCACGUUUCCCCGGCACAACUUCGGAGGAAGCUUUCCCGUCCCCACGGCCUCUGGUGGCUACUAG